UGGAGGUUUUCUCUAUAUAGAAAGAUAAUGCUCUCACCUCCACCAAACGAAUUUUGGCGCAACAAAAAAGAAGAAGAGAAAAUACGUGAUUUAAUGGAAGGAGCUGUGAAGCAGCAGCUACUCAACUACGGAAUUCAAAGCUUCCAAUGCAAACGGUCGUCAAGACGUUGUGUUCGAUCUCCAUCAGCGAGUUUAAGGCCAGGAUUUGACAAUGGCUAUAUGGGCUACUUGCCUCAUUUGGAACUCCCAAAAAUGGCAAGACAUGACAAGUUGUGUGUAAAGGUAUGUGCGAUUAGGAGGAGAAGGGCCUAUUUACAGACGGAGACUUAUGUCCUGAUGGAACCUGGCAAGAGUGAAGAAUUCGUUUCUGAGGAAGAGCUGAAGGACAGGUUGAAAGGUUGGCUGCAAAACUGGCCUGGUAACGUCUUGCCACCAGACCUUGCUCGGUUCAAAACCAUUGACGAUGCUGUUUCUCACCUUGUUAAGUCUGUUUGCGAGCUCGAGGUUGACGGUGAAGUCGGCUCAAUACAAUGGUAUGAGGUUCGAGUAGAGUGACAGACAUGAAAUGCAGCACUCUGGUUAAAUCCUACACCAUGUUAUACGGUCUACUUUAUCUGACUAUGCGACCAUGCUACGCUCAUUCAUGGAGUCCCUCCCUGUAUAUGCUUCCAGGUCCCUUUCAUCCCCAUCACAAUGUCUGAAAUUGUCGUGUGUAAUACAGCAUUUUGAAGACACCAUGUUAUGGACUCCUUGAAGAUUGAGGCAUCCA